AUGGCUAAAUUCCGUUUAUUGGAUGCCGUGCGGCCGCUCACGUUCAUACUGCCUGACGUGUCGUCGCCGGGUCGUCAGGUUCCAUUCAACCUGAAGAUCAUGUUCACCUCGUUAUCAGCCCUGCUCUUUCUCUGGAUGUCGCAAAUUAAACCUUUCGGCACCCUGACUGUCGACACUCCGGACCCGCUCUACUCUGUUCGCGGUAGCAUUGCCGCCAGCAAAGGCUCGCUCACAGAGCUCGGCGUUCUCCCCAUCCUCACCUCGGGCUUCACGUUGCAACUGCUGGCGAGCGCGCGUCUGAUUGACGUCAACUUCAGCCUCAAGGAGGACCGGGCGCUAUUUGGAUUUGUGCAGAAGGUCUUUGCAGUCGUCGCGGCCAUCGUCCAAGCCACUCUAAUCGUCCUCGCCGGCGUUUACGGCACCCCCACGCAACUCGGUCUCACCGGCAUCGCCAUCCUUGUCGCGCAACUCUCCGCCGCAACCCUCGUCCUCGCGCUCCUCGACGAGCUUCUUGAGAAGGGCCACGGCCUUGGCUCGGGCUCGAUGCUCUUCAUCGGCGCGCACGCGUGCACGACGGCCGUCUGGGGCGUGCUCUCCCUCCGCUGGGUCGACACCGCGCGCGGACAGCAGUACGAGGGCGCGCUCCCCGCGCUCCUGCAGUUCGUGUUCGGGUGGAACAGCGUCUCGCGCGGGCUCAAGGAGGCGUUCUGGCGCGCGCAUCUGCCGAAUGUGCUUGAUGUUGUCGCUACGCUGGCUGUCGUGGCCGCGUGCGCGUUCCUCCAGCGCGUGCGCGUCGAGUUCCCCGUGAAGCAUACGCGCUAUCAGGGCCAGCGCGGGGCGUACCCCAUCCGCAUUCUGUACACUGGCGUCGUACCGCUUAUGGCCGCCGCGGCGCUCCGUGCGAACUUGCUGCUCGACCUCAGCGCGAUCGCGGGUGUGCUGCCGGAUAACAUCGUCACUUCCAUUCUGGGAUCGUGGGUCAACGUCGACGGCUCGCUCGUCCCCGUCGGCGGACUCGCCUCGCUGCUCGUACCCCCGACAUCGCUCAUCAACGCGCUGCUGCAUCCUAUUCAGACUGUGGUCUAUACGGCGUUCAACGUAUCGGCCGCUGCGAUCUUCUCUUCGCUGUGGCUGUCCGCGUCCGCGAGCGAGCCGUUCCAUGUCUCCAAGCAGCUGCAGGAGCAGCAGCUCACGAUGGUCGGCCACCGCGAAGGAUCCAUGUCCAAAGAAUUCAAGCGUGUCAUCCCCGGCGCCGCGUUCCUCGGCGCGGUCGUCAUCUCGGCUGUGGGCGUUUUGGGCGACAUCACGGGCGCACUGGCCGGCGGCGCGGGCACGUUCAUGGGGCUGCAUAUCGUACAGACGUACAUGGCUAUGGGCAUGAUGGAGUCGGGAUACGGCGAGAUGCCGGGCGCGGCGGCAAUGAUGGACACGCUAUGA